AAAGCAAAGAAACAUGAUACGAAAUACCUCUGAACUGAUGACAUCACUUUACUCUCAAGAUGAAGAGCAAGCCAUGAUCAUCUCCUCACUAGUCCAAGUCAUCUGCGGCGACACCUCUCCGGCCAUCAUAAUCCCUGAGUUUUUCCAUCUCCAACCUUGCUUGAUAUGCGGCAUUGAUGGUUGUUUAGGCUGUGAUUUGUUCUCAGAUGCUACUAAUACUACUAGUAGCUGUAGUAAUGCAAACGCAGCUACUGAUGAGCAAAAACAGCAGAAGAAGAAAAGAAGGGAGAAGAAGAAGAAUAAGUACAGAGGUGUGAGGCAGAGGCCGUGGGGGAGAUGGGCAGCAGAGAUCCGUGACCCUUGGCGAGCUGUGCGCAAAUGGUUGGGCACCUUCGACACGGCCGAAGAUGCUGCUCGGGCUUAUGACUUGGCUGCUAUUCAGUUUCGUGGUCCUAGAGCUAAGCUCAAUUUUCCUUUUCCGGAGCAGUGUAAUGGAAAUGGUGUUUAUGAUCACACUGCAAGUGCUAGUACGAGUAUGAGUUCUUGUACUUGUGCUAGUGGUGCUACUAGUGAAGAAGUGUGUCAAUAUCAGCAUCAGUAUAUCCAUCAAUAUGAGCAGCAAAAGAAGCAGGAGGAUGAGAUGGCAGUGAGUUUCUGGGAUGGUCUUCAGGAUUUGGUUCAGUUGGAUGAAACAGAGCUUUUCUAAGAGGUUCUUUCAUACUCUUGUUUUGUUUUUUUGUUUUUUUUUUAAUACUGAAAUUAGACGCAUUGAGAAAAUAGUAAUUUGCUCAGUGUGUUUUUCUCCUGUUUUAUUUUUUAUUUUUAGCAAGGUUUAGUCAUAUUGUUAUUUUCUUAUGGCUGCAGCUUGCUUUGUAGUGCUUGUCAUUGGAUAUUAGAUAUGAGAGCUUGUUUUGUUUUGCUCUGA